UAACCAUAGCAGGCGGUCACUUCCUAACCUAACUUCACACUGUUCCUCUCCUGGUCCCAGAAUUUCCAAAACUCACCCCACUCCCUUUUUCAUUAACACUCAUAAAAAAAACCUCAUCUAGUUAAUAUUAUUAUACUAUGAUCAUAUAAUUAUAGUUCUUUUCUUGCCGUGAGUAUAUAAAUACAUAGUUAUAUACAUAUAUAUCCACCUCUUCUCCUUCUAUAUAUAUAUAUGUACUCUUAUUGGAAGGUUUAACCCUGGCUUCGUAAUUAAACUCUCUCUCUCUCUCUCUCUCUGUCUCGCUCUCUCUCAGCAAAAUCAGAAACGCAGCAGUGGAGUAGGCAAAACCUUUAGCAGAGACAUUUAUCCCCCCUCUCUCAGUUAGUUAACUAACGGUUUUAUUAUUUCUAUUAUCCCCAAUUUACCCUUCUUUCCCAUCCUCAUUUUCUCUCUUAUGCCAUCCCACUGACAGAGCGUGCUUCACCGCAGUCUCCAUUUUCAUACCAAAAAACUGAAAAAUGAUAAGUUGGGGCGAUCUGUACACCGUCUUAACGGCGGUGAUCCCACUGUAUGUGGCGAUGAUCUUAGCGUACGGUUCGGUUCGGUGGUGGAAGAUAUUCUCACCGGACCAGUGUUCAGGCAUAAACCGGUUCGUGGCGAUAUUCGCGGUGCCACUCCUUUCCUUCCAUUUCAUCUCUACCAACAAUCCUUACGCCAUGAACUUCAGGUUCAUAGCCGCGGACACGCUGCAGAAAAUCAUCAUGCUCUUCGCCCUCGCAAUCUGGACAAACUUCACCGCCAAUGGAAGCCUGGAGUGGAUGAUCACAAUCUUCUCCCUCUCCACAUUGCCCAACACACUGGUCAUGGGAAUUCCCCUUCUCAUCGCCAUGUACGGAGAAUAUUCCGGCAGCCUCAUGGUCCAAGUGGUGGUUCUCCAGUGCAUCAUCUGGUACACGCUCCUCCUCUUCCUCUUCGAGUACCGCGGCGCCAAACUCCUCAUUAUGGAACAGUUCCCUGAAACCGCCGCCUCCAUCGUUUCCUUCAAAGUCGACUCCGACGUGGUUUCCCUCGACGGCCGUGACUUCCUCGAGACAGACGCCGAAGUCGGCGAUGACGGAAAACUCCACGUCACGGUUAGGAAAUCCAACGCUUCUAGAAGGUCCUUUAUGAUGACUCCCAGACCCUCUAACCUCACCGGCGCUGAGAUUUACAGCCUCAGCUCCUCCCGUAACCCCACGCCACGUGGCUCCAAUUUCAACCACGCUGAUUUCUACUCCAUGAUGGGGUACGCCCCGAGGCAUUCCAAUUUCGGUGCUGCGGAUCUUUAUUCCGUUCAGUCCACGUCACGCGGCGUUACCCCGCGCCCAUCGAAUUUCGAAGAAAACUGUGCACCCGUGGGCCAGGCUAUCAGCUCCCCCAGGUUUGGGUUUUACCCCGCCGUCCAAACAGUAGUGCCCGCCGCUUACCCGGCACCGAAUCCGGAAUUCUCUUCCAGUUUAACAAAGAGUGUGAGCAAAAAUUCACAGCCACAGCCACAGCCACAGCCACAGCCACAGCCGCCACAGUCGCAGGUUCAAGCUCAACCUGCCAAUAACAGUGCUAAUAAUAAUAAAGCGACCCAUGAUGCUAAAGAGCUUCACAUGUUUGUGUGGAGCUCAAGUGCUUCGCCGGUUUCCGAAGCCGGAGGGCUCCACGUGUUCACCGGCGCCGAUUUCGGAGCCUCUGACCAAUCUGGUCGCUCCGAUCAAGGUGCUAAGGAGAUUCGGAUGUUGGUUGCCGACGACCACCCUCAAAAUGGUGAAACCAACAAAGCUGCGGCGGAGGGAGAGUUUGGUGGGGAAGAGUUGAAAUUUCCGGGGAAAGAAGGAGAACAAGGAGAGGAAUUAGAUCAGGGAGAGAAAGCGGAACCCACUGGGCUGAACAAGCUGGGUUCAAGUUCAACGGCGGAGCUGCACCCAAAAGCCGGCGGAGCUGCCGUGGGGAAAUACAUGCCUCCGGCAAGUGUGAUGACCCGUCUCAUACUGAUUAUGGUGUGGCGGAAGCUUAUCCGCAACCCCAACACUUACUCCAGCCUCAUUGGUGUUGUUUGGUCCCUCGUGGCAUUUAGGUGGCAUGUGCACAUGCCUAAAAUAAUAGAGAAAUCAAUCUCCAUACUGUCUGAUGCUGGUCUCGGAAUGGCUAUGUUCAGCUUGGGUCUGUUUAUGGCUCUUCAACCCAAGAUAAUUGCAUGUGGGAACUCAGUUGCUACAUUUGCCAUGGCCGUUCGAUUCCUUACAGGUCCCGCCGUCAUGGCGGCAGCUUCCAUUGCUGUUGGCUUGCGCGGUUCCCUCUUACGUGUAGCUAUUGUUCAGGCUGCACUUCCACAAGGGAUUGUUCCGUUUGUGUUUGCCAAGGAGUACAAUGUCCAUCCAGCCAUUCUAAGUACAGCGGUUAUAUUUGGAAUGUUGAUAGCACUACCAAUUACUCUAGUCUACUACAUAUUACUUGGUUUGUAAAAUUUCUAUUCAGUAGUAGCCCACAUACCAAGAUGGAAUGAAUGGUCCUUUCCAACCUUUUAUGCUUUGGGAGUUAGCAUACAUGCCUGGUGACCACAGUGGAUUAUGCUGUUAUUAACA